AACGCCUGGUACUACAGCUCCCACAAAUCCUUGCGCGCUUCAGCUCGUGUCCGGAGACAUGGCGUCUUCUUGAAGCGUAGAGAAAUCGCAACUGUUUUUGUUGACAAGUGUUAAAGAUGGCAGCCGACUCCACAGACAAGAAGGAUGCCGAAUCCUCAGGGCCCAAAGACAGAGAAAGGAGACGCAGUCGCUCUCGAGACAGAGACAGAAAAGUCUCACCUUCACGCAAACGCCAUCGGUCCCGUGAAAGAAACCGCUCCAAGUCUCCAGACAGGGACCGACGCAUGAAAGACAAGGAUAGAGAGAAGGAGCGUGACAGAGAUAAGGAACGAGAGAGGAACCGUAAGGACAGAGACAGCCAUCGGCGUGAUAAAGAUCGCAGCAGGAGGUCCAGAAGUGCCUCACCAAAGUCCAAGGAUGGAAAGCUGAAGAGAGAGAAGGAUAUAAAAGCAGAAGAGGAGGAAGAUGAUAAAAAGAAGAAAGACAAGGUCCAGCCGCUGUCUCUGGAGGAACUUCUGGCCAAGAAGAAAGCAGAAGAGGAAGCUGAGGCAAAGCCCAAGUUCCUGUCAAAGGCAGAGCGAGAAGCUGAGGCUCUGAAACGCAGAGAACAACAGACGGAGGAGAGGAGGAAAAUGCUGGACGAGGAGAGAAAGAAAAGGAGGAUGUUUCAGGACAUAGGGAGAAAAAUGCUUGAGGACCCUCAGGAACGAGAGAGACGAGAGCGGAGAGAGCGAAUGGAGCGAGAGAACAACGGGAACGAGGAGGACGAUGGCCGACAGAAGCUCAGGGAGGAGAAAGACAAAGGAAAAGAACUCCAGGCCAUCAAGGAGCGAUAUCUGGGUGGGCUCAAAAAACGCCGGAGAACUCGUCACCUGAACGACAGGAAGUUUGUGUUUGAGUGGGACGCCUCUGAAGACACCUCAGUGGACUACAACCCCAUUUACAAAGAAAAGCAUCAGGUGCAGCUGUAUGGACGAGGCUUCAUCGCCGGCAUCGACCUGAAGCAGCAGAAGAGAGAGCAGUCACGUUUCUAUGGCGACCUGAUGGAGAAGAGGCGCACGCUGGAGGAGAAGGAACAGGAAGAGACGAGGCUGAAGAAGAUGCGUAAGAAGGAAGCCAAGCAGCGCUGGGACGACAGGCACUGGUCUCAGAAGAAGCUGGACGAGAUGACGGACAGAGACUGGAGAAUCUUCAGAGAAGAUUACAGCAUCACCACGAAGGGAGGAAAGAUCCCCAACCCCAUCAGGAACUGGAAGGAGUACGCGCUGCCCGCACACAUCCUGGAGGUCAUCGACAAAUGUGGCUACAAGGAUCCGACUCCGAUUCAGAGGCAGGCCAUUCCUAUUGGUCUACAGAACCGUGACAUCAUCGGCGUGGCCGAGACUGGUAGCGGUAAAACGGCUGCUUUCCUCAUUCCACUGCUUGUCUGGAUUACCACCCUGCCUAAAAUUGACAGGAUUGAAGACUCAGACCAGGGUCCGUACGCUGUGAUCUUGGCCCCGACCCGUGAGUUGGCGCAGCAGAUCGAAGAGGAAACCAUAAAGUUUGGUAAACCGCUCGGCAUCCGAACGGUGGCUGUGAUCGGAGGUAUCUCCCGAGAGGACCAAGGGUUCCGACUCAGGAUGGGCUGUGAGAUUGUGAUCGCCACCCCCGGUCGUCUGAUCGACGUCCUGGAGAACCGCUACCUGGUCCUGGGCCGCUGCACGUACGUGGUCCUGGACGAGGCCGAUCGAAUGAUUGACAUGGGCUUCGAGCCCGACGUCCAGAAGAUUCUGGAGUACAUCCCAGUGACCAAUCAGAAACCAGACACGGACGAAGCGGAGGACCCGGAGAAAAUGAUGAUGAACUUUGAAUCUGGGAAACAUAAAUACAGACAAACGGUCAUGUUCACAGCUACGAUGCCUCCGGCUGUGGAGAGGCUGGCCAGGAGUUACCUCAGACGUCCGGCCGUGGUUUACAUCGGCUCCGCUGGAAAACCUCACGAGAGGGUGGAGCAGAAGGUCCUGCUGAUGUCGGAGGGAGAGAAGAGGAAGAAGCUGCUGGAGGUUUUGUCGCACGGCUUCGAGCCGCCCAUCAUCAUCUUCGUCAACCAGAAGAAGGGUUGCGACGUCCUGGCCAAGUCUCUGGAGAAGAUGGGGUACAAUGCUUGUACGCUGCACGGUGGCAAAGGCCAGGAACAGAGAGAGUUUGCGCUCUCCAACCUCAAGGCCGGAGCCAAAGACAUCCUGGUGGCCACUGACGUUGCUGGUCGAGGUAUCGACAUCCAGGACGUCUCCAUGGUCAUUAACUACGACAUGGCUAAGAACAUCGAAGACUACAUCCAUCGUAUCGGUCGUACGGGUCGUGCCGGUAAGAGCGGUGUGGCCAUGACUUUCCUGACUAAAGAGGACUCGGCGGUGUUUUACGACCUGAAGCAAGCCAUCCUCGAGAGCCCGGUGUCCACCUGCCCCCCGGAGCUCACCAACCACCCCGACGCUCAGCACAAACCUGGAACCAUCCUGACCAAGAAGAGGCGCGAGGAGACCAUCUUUGCCUGAUUUGAUUCGGGCUUUAUCCACUGAGAAAACACACGGCUGGUCCCACACAGUUUCAUCACCUCCACAUGUUUCAGAUUCAGGAUUGAGUCAUCGGGCUAAUUACAACUUUUUUUUUCUUUUCUUUUUUUUUUUUUUUGGUUAUUUCUCUCCUGUCAGCAUUUGUGAGUGUAUUUGGUGUCUGUGAUCCAGAGCCAUGGUCCUUGAGCAGUACCCUGAUGAUCUGCACUGUAUAAAAAUCAAAUGUGAUGUGAGGUUAGAUGAGCAGUCAAAAUAGUUUUAAGUCGUUUUCUAUAAUUUGAGACCAAUAUCAGAAUUGAUGCCUGUUUCUUUUGCUUCAGAUGUUUAAGUUGCAGUUGUUUUAAAUAUAAACAUUUGUAUGAAGUCAA